UGGAGGAUCAGUUCAGGCGUCACUUUCGUAACGUCCUCACGACGGGAACGGCCGUCGAAUUAAAAACGUUUAAAUCUGCAUAAGUAGCCGUUAAUUACACAUUAAAACAACGGGGAAUAUCCCAAAAACAGCGGAGGAGUUUAUACAAUGUGUUCUCCUUAAAGGAAUAUAGUGGAAAUAAGGGUUUUCGUCGUUGGCUCCGUCCUUCCCGUCCAGCCCUUUGUUUUUUUUUCUUCUUCGACCGCUGUGCUUGUGGAGGCUAACAAGCUAACGGAAAAGAGCUCGAGGAUAGGGAGCCAAACGAGCGGCCGAGCCUCUUGCCCCCCGAGCGACGUGGGUCCCCCCAGCUCAGUUGUCCGAUGCGGAGUGAGGAUGAGUCCCGCUCUGGAAGCCCUCAUGCAGGCGGACGGGACUCCGUAUCCCGGAAAAGGGGUGAUGCUUGAGCCUUUCGUGCACCAGGUGGGAGGCCACUCCUGCGUGCUGCGGUUCGGGGAACAAACAAUAUGUAAGCCCCUCAUACCCAGAGAGCACCAGUUCUACAAGAGCCUCCCCCCAGAGAUGAGGAAGUUCACCCCUCAGUAUAAAGGUGUAGUGUCAGUCAGUUUUGAAGAAGAUGAGGAAGGGAACCUGUGCCUCAUCGCAUACCCCCUCCACAGUGAAUCUGGGGACCUAGAAAACAAAGAUCCCUCUGCAGACUGCGAGCCCAAGAGCAAGAUGCUGAAGUUGAUCAACAAGAAGCAGUCCUCGCUGCUGGUGGAGAACGAGAACUACAGCAAGGACCGAGCUCGCCACAGCCGGAAAGAAGACAAAAUGAUGAGUUACAAACGUGAUGAGAUGCAGCAGCAGGCCGAGGUUCUCUACUUCAGCCUGGAGAAAGGCAACGUUGUGCCACAGAUCAAACACAACCCCUGGAGUCUCAAGUGUCACCAGCAGCACUUGCAAAGGAUGAAGGAGAACGCAAAGCACCGCAACCAGUACAAAUUUAUUCUUCUGGAGAACCUGACCUGGCGCUACACUGUACCGUGUGUCCUGGACUUGAAGAUGGGAACCCGCCAACACGGAGACGAUGCAUCAGAGGAGAAGAAGGCCACUCAGAUCCGCAAGUGUCAACAGAGCACAUCUGCUUCUAUUGGAGUGCGACUUUGUGGCAUGCAGGUGUACCAGUCCGACUCAAGCCAGCUGAUGUUCAUGAAUAAGUACCACGGCCGUAAGCUGACUCUUGACACUUUCAAGGAGGCUCUCUAUCAGUUCUUCCACAACGGGUGUCGCCUUCGCCGGGAGCUGCUGUCCCCGGUGCUGCGCAGACUCCGGGAAAUGCAAGCGGCCCUGGAGUCCUGCGAGUCUUACCGCUUCUACUCGAGCUCCCUGCUCAUCAUCUACGAUGGAGACCCUCGAAGGACGCACACGAGACCCAGACACCGUGGAGGCGAAGAGGGUGACGAGGAUGAACCGUCUGAUGAAGAGGAAGAGGAGGAGCCAGAGGAAGAGGAGGAUGACGAGGAAGAGGAGGGGGCCUUUGGUUUCCCUCGACCUUCCUCUGCAGGCAGCAGUCGCUCCUCCUCCUCUGGCACAGGAGAGACCAGCAGCCCCGCGGUGGACGUGCGCAUGAUUGACUUUGCUCACACCACCUGUCGGCACUAUGGAGAGGACAGCGUGGUGCAUGAAGGCGAGGACAGUGGCUUCAUUUUUGGCCUCCAGAACUUGAUCAACAUUAUCUCUGAGCUGGAGGAUCACAGUACUGACUGAUGCCGGGCUGGAGCCAACACGGUCUAAAUUUCCAGGGUGGGACGAGCUCGUCGACCUGAAACCCUGCUACUCCAAGGUGCAUCGCCCUCACGCCUACGUGGACGUCUGACCUUCAACCGCUUGGAGGGAACCUCCGACACCUCGGGGUCAGAAGGGAAUGGCGCGUGAUUGUUUACGCGCGCUCUCUCAACCCGACAGAGGCGAGGGCGCCCUGCGUCCUUACUUGCACUUUUCUCUUUCUGGGACUUGCUCCUUCUCUCUGUCAGACAUAGCAGGAGAAACGUUGUAUGAGGCCACAGACGUUCAACAAACACAGGGACUCCUGUAGCAUCCUGGGACCCUCCACCUCCCCGGCCCCUUUCCUCUCUCCUCCUCUGGUACAGACGAGUUUCUUUAUUGUGGAGUUCUCUCUGAGAGAGAGAGCGUGAGAGCGCGGCAGAGUAAACGAAAGCUCAAGUGUAGUUGUCCGACAUGGUGCUUUACCUGUGAUGUGACAUUUGUUUCGGUUUAUUUUGGAUGAAGUUUGGACUGCCGGUCCUGCAUAGCACAUUACUAGUGGGAAAGUUGACUGUACAAGCUGACCGUGGCUGGCUAGGUCAGUAACUUGAAAUUUGAAGCUUCGGAGAAGGACAUUUCUUUCUUUCUUUUUUAUUGGUGUCCCCCCCCUGACAACAAACAUGGUUUGUGUCCACCAGGCACUUGUAAUUUACACAUGUUGGUGGAAGAACAAGAUUGUAUUGGUCAAGAAAAAAGGAUUGGCCUUUUUUCAAUAGUUUGUCUCCCCUGUACUUUUUUGUUUUUGCCUACAAACAAAAGACUUUUGGAGAGGGUAAUAUCUUUGUUUUGUCUCUGUGCUUGUUUUUGUCUGAUUUUUUUCCUCUUCAUUCCUGAAACUUUGACUAAACAAAGAAUAUAUUAAUUAAAAACACUAGCUACAAAGACUAUAUAAAGAUUAUUUAUUUGAAGGGAUUGUAAAAAAGAAGCCGCUACAUUCCAUACCACCACUCUAUCCGUUCUGAUACCAACUUUGAUUUAUUCUACUAUUAUAGACGAUGGCUCUCUGUAAACCUGUGUGUUAACAAUGUCUUGAGAAAUAAAGGCAUUCAUUUGUUAUAACA